AUGUUGGACAGUAACAAUGACGGAGUGGCGAUAUUGAGCCUGGAGAAUGCCAAACCUAACGAUUUCGGAAUCUACUCGUUUACACAACAGUUCUCUAACACUUUUGUGCUAGAAUGGGAAAACCCGCAAAAUGAACAAUUUUUGAUUGAAUAUUGUAAGUUAGGCUCUGGAGAAUGGACAUCGUCUAAUGCACCUAUUAGUGGCAACAGCUUUACAAUAGAUAAUUUAGUAGCAGGACAGACUUAUAGUUUCCGUUUGGUGUCCUACCAAACGAUGGCAGUGAGCCUUCCAACUUUGGCCGUAACAUUGCCUGUGGCUGAUACUUUAUUAUGGCAACAGGAACACUUUAAACGGAGAUAUAUCGAGUUGGAGGAGAUUAGUAGAGGCAAGUUUUCGGUGGUACGAUUAGCGAAGGAUAGAGCCGAAAGAGGUGAUUAUUUAGAAGACGACGUCAAGUUGUACACAAGCCAACUUAUUUCAGCCUUAGCCUGGCUUCACAGGAAAGACUUGGUACAUUUGGACAUUAAGCCUGAAAACGUAAUGGCAGACACUUCAUUUUCACCACCCCUAUUAAAACUAGUAGACUUUGGUGACUCAGUAAACACAUCUAAAAACGUCAUCCUACCUCCUGCUUGUUUGGAGUUUGCCUCACCAGAAUUCGUUUAG